AUGAGCCUCGCCCGGAUUCCGCCCGCCCGCGAGAACACCAUUCCUGCACGGACGAGGGAACGAGCUAUGGCGCGCGCGGAGCGCGACCCGGCGGCGCGCGACGCGCUGGAGGCGUGCGCCUUCCUGUACGGGGCGUCGUCGGUGCCGGCGCUGCGGUUCUUGCGCGGGUACGCGGCGGUGAGCGCGUGGGACAGGGCAUGGGACCUGCUCCAGCUCACGGGGCAGGCCGGCAUCGGGUGCGAGGCGGCGCUGGACGAAGCGCCGCAGGCCAAGGGGAGGAUGGCGGCGGCGAACAAGGAGUUCCAACAGCUCGACGCCAUGAGCACGGCGCUCUUCAACAAGAUCGCUGUACGGCACGGCUAG